GGGGGGGGACGGGGACGGAUCCGGUCGCCGCGAACAUCCGGGAUCCGCCGGGAUCCGGGGGGGGGGCCCCGCCCCACAGCAGGUGGGCGCCGCGGGGAUGGCUCCGGUCGUGGAGGUGUGGGACGCCGGCCAUUGCCGCUCGUUACUGCUGGAGUUAAACGAGCAGCGCCUGCGGGGCCAGUUCUGUGACGUCACCAUCAUCGCCGAGGACACCAAAUUCCGGGCUCAUAAAAACGUCCUGGCGGCCUCCAGCCCUUUCUUCAAACGGGCCUUGACCCAGACGCCGCCGACGCCGCCAUCUUGGCCGGCCCCCGCCCAGGUCUUGGAAUUACCGGGGGUCCAGGCCGGCGUCUUCUCCCACGUCCUCAACUUCAUCUACAACUCCCGCCUGGCCGUGCCCAACCAGGCCACCGCGCGCGCCCUGGGGGCCGUGGGGCGACGCUUGGGCAUCUCCACCCUCCAAGGCCUGGACUCGCCGCCCCCCGCCGCCAAGGAGAUGAACGGCGAGCCGCCCCCCGCCUCCCCCACCGCCCCCGUGGACUUGAGUCGGGCCCCGCAAGAGGCGCCGGCGGUGGCCGAGGCGGCGGCGGCGGCGGCGGCGGCCACGGCGGCGUUGGGCUGCGGCUUGGCGGCGGCGUUGAGCUGCGGCUCGGCCUCGCCGGCGGCGUCGUUGAGCUGCGGGUUGGCGGCGUCGGCGGCGUCAUCCGGCUGCGGGUUGGCGUCGGCGUCGGCGUUGAGCUGCAGGUUGGCGUCGUCGUCAUCGUUGAGUUGCGGGUUGGCGUCGUCAUCGUCGUUGAGUUGUGGGUUGGCGUCGUCGUCAUCGUUGAGUUGUGGGUUGGCGUCAUCGUCAUCGUUGAGCUGCGGGUUGGCGCCGUCGGCGUCGUCCAGCUGCGGGUUGGCGUCAUCGGCGGCGUCAUCGUUGAGUUGCAGGUUGGCGUCGUCGGCGUCGUCGUCGUUGGGCUGCGGGUUGGCGCCAUCGGCGUCAUCGUUGGGCUGCGGGUUGGCGUCAGCGGCGCCGUCGGGCUGCGGCUCGGCGUCGGCGGUGUCGAGCUGCGGCUCGGCGGCGUCGGCCGCCUCCUCGUUGGGUUGCGGGGCGGCCUCGGCGGCCUCGGCGUUGGCGUCGGCGGCGGCCUCCUUGAGCUGCGGGGCCUCGGCCUCGGCGUUGGGCUGCGGCUCGGCCUCGCCGGCGGCCCCGGCGCCGUUGAGCUGCGGCCUGUGCGGGCGAGGCUUCAGCACGGCGGCCGCCUUGGGCUUCCACGCCAAACUCCACCGGGGCCGGCGGGGCCUGGCCUGCCGCCAUUGCGGCAAGAGCUUCAUCCACGUCAAGAGGCUGCAGACCCACGAGGUUCUCUGCCAAGAUGGACGCCACCACCACCACCACCACGCCGCCGGCAACGACGCCGCCGCCGCCGCCGCCCCGGCGCCUCCCAAACCGGGCAAAAAGGCCUUGCUGUCGCGACACCGAGCUUUGGAAACGCCGGGGGCCGGGGAGGAGGAGGAGGAGGCGGUGGUGAAGGUGGUGGACGGCCACGUCGUCUACCUGUGCGGCGUCUGCCACCGCUCCUACAUGACCCUCUCCAGCCUCAAGCGUCACGCCAACGUCCACUCCUGGCGCCGCAAGUACCCCUGCCGCUACUGCGACAAGGUCUUCGCCUUGGCCGAGUACCGCACCAAGCACGAGGUCUGGCACACGGGCGAGCGGCGCUACCAGUGCGUCUUCUGCUGGGCCGCCUUCGUCACCUACUACAACCUCAAGACCCACCAAAAAACCGCCCACGGCAUCAACCCCGGCCUCAUCUCCUCCGAGAAGACGCCCAACGGCGGUUACAAACCCAAACUCAACGCCCUCAAACUCUACCGCCUCUUACCCCCCCGCGCCCCCAAGAGACCUUACAAAACCUACAGCCAAACUUUGCCGGACGACGGUCUCCUCUCGCCCGCCGCCGCCGCCGCCGCCGCCCAACCGGCGCCGCCACCCGCCGCCGCCACCUUCCCCUCGCCCAGACCCGAACAGGCCUCGGUCAUCGCCUACGGGCGCCCCUCGGCCUCCGUCAUCGUGCGCGGCGCCGGCGCGGGGGCGGCGGGGGCCUCCGUCAUCGCCUACAACGGGCGGCCGGCGGCGGCGGCGGCCUCCUCGGCGGCGGCGGCGCCGGCGGCGGCCCCGGCGCGGCCCAUGAAGAAGCAGGUGCUGCGGGAUUACAUCGAGGCCCAACGAGCGGCCGGGGAGGCGCCGACGGGCGACGGCGCCCAACCCGCCCCCCCGGCCCCCGCCGCCGCCGCCGCCGCCGCCACCGGCCGCACCAUGACCUACGUGGCCAAACCGGCCUACGUGGGGACGGCGGGGGACAACCGGGCGGCCCCGCUCUGCCAGAUCACCGUCCGCAUCGGCGAGGAGGCCAUCGUCAAGCGACGCAUCUCCGAGACCGACCUGCGCCUGGAGGCCGCCGGCAUGGCCGCCGCCGCCGCCGCCGCCGCCGCCCGGCGUCACCACCACCCCGCCGCCGCCGCCGCCGGGGACGGUGACAGCGACGCCGAGGACCGGCUCUGGCGCCCCUAUUACACCUACAAACCCAAGCGCAAGGCGGGCGCCGGCGCGGGGGGCGCCAGGGGGGGCGGCGCCGGCACCACCGGCAGCACCGGCAGCACCGGCACCGCCAAGGCGAAGAAACCCCGUUGGCGCCGCAAGUUGCGCUCGCUGCGGCGGGCGGGUGACGCCGGGGCCGAGGGUGACGCCGGCAGUGGCGCCGGCGCGGGUGAUGCCGCCGCCGCCGCCGGGGAAGGCCAGCGCCGCCGGGAUUGGCAACACCUUUGCCGGGUGUGCGGGAAAACCUUCACGGCCUUGAGGAAGCUGCGGAAACACCAGCGGGGACACGAGGGGGCGGGCGGCGGCGGCGAAGGGGGGGACGAAGGCGGGGACAAGGGGGGGGACAGGGGUGACCGGCCCCCCCGGGUGGGACGCCGGCCCUCGCUGCGCUUCGCCUGCGGCCGCUGCGCCAAGGUCUGCAAGACGGCGGCGGCGCUGAGCCGGCACGCCAAGCGUCACCAGGCCGAGGGGGUCGCGCCGACAUCCCCCCCGGCGUCCCCCGCUUUGUCACCCGCCUCCCCCCCCGGCGUCAUCGCCUACACCCCGCCGGCCCCGCGGGGGGGGGAAGGGAAAGCGGGGGGCGCCUCCUCCCCCCGGGGGGUGACGCCGGGUGACGCCAAGGAGGCGGCGGGUGACGGCAACGCGGCGGGCGACAGCGCGAGGGGUGACAACGCGGCGGGUGACAAGGCGAGGGGCGACAAGGCAAGGGGUGACAAUGCGGCGGGUGACAACGCGAGGGGUGAUAAGGCAAGGGGUGACAACGCGCCGGGUGACAACGCGAGGGGGGAUAAGGCAAGGGGUGACAACGCACCGGGUGACAAGGCAAGGGGUGACAAUGCGCUGGGUGACAACACAAGGGGUGACAAGACAAGGGGUGACAGGGCAAGGGGUGACAACGCAAGGGGUGACACCGCAAGGGGUGACAACGCGGCGGGUGACAAAGCGCCGGGUGACAACGCGCCGGGUGACAAGGCAAGGGGUGACAAGGCAAGGGGUGACAACGCGGCGGGUGACAUGGCGGGUGCCAACGCGCCGGGUGCCAAGGCGGCGGGUGGCGGCGCGACGACGGGUGCCGAGGCGGCGGCGGGUGACACGGGGGCGGGGGGUGACACCGCGGUGGGUGACGGGGGGUUGUCCCCGGCCCCCGGCCCCCCCCCGCCCCCCCUGGGGGGGUUCCCGGUGCAGGAGCAGCCCCUGGCUCUGCUGAGGAGGUUGGGGGGCGGGGGGGGAGAAGGGGGGGGGACCCCCCAAAAACGGGGGGGAGGGGAC